CUUCACUAGUCCGCUCCACCACAAAAGCAGCUUUUUAGGUUUUGAGACUUAUUUGAGAACACACCACCGCCAUUAUGAUACCGAAGAACUUCUUAAAACUCUGCUCCGUGCUGAUUGUUAUGGCAGCGUUGUUGCCACAAGGUCAAAGCCAACGCACCGUUUGUGGACCGGCCUUGGACGCUGUGCUCAGCACCAUUUGCGUCCAUGGCUUCAAUUCAAAGUUCAAGAAAUCAGUGGAGUGGGAUGAUCUGGGAAACAAUGAAGUGGACUACGAGCUGCCAUUCCCCUAUGCCAACUCGCCAUUCUUGGCCAAGAUUCACGGCGCCCAAUUUGAUACUUUAGCCAAGACUCGUCGCCACCGAGACACCGGUGUUUAUGAUGAAUGUUGCAGCAAGGCCUGCAGCUACAACGAGAUUCUUUCGUAUUGCAACACAUUUUAAAACUGCAACGCCUAGUAUAGUAUUCAGCCCACAACAUGAUAUUAGUUACUCGCUUUUAAUUAAAUAUUUGUAAUGCCGAUGCUUACUAAAAUCACUAUGAAUAAUCAAAAACUCGAAUAAAAAGACAUGAGGUAUAAUGCGCUGGGCUUAUUUUAAGUAUAAAUGGUAAACGGAUAUAUAUUUUUACUCGAUAGUUAUCCAGUGUCACGGGCUUUGCUUGGACAAAAGCUUGAAUUUGAUAUUUAAAUAAAUGCAGCAAACUAUUUGACAUUCCAAAGAAAGGUUUUCAAAAAUAAACAAAUA